CGAGAGUACGACGUCGGCGGUGUCUCUCCAGGACAGGCUGGACAAGAUCCGCUCGUCGCCCAAGCUGCAGAACCAGCAGCAGACGGGCGUCGUGCUCAACGCCAUCGAAGAUACGCUCCGCUCGCAGAAAUCCGAAGCGACGCCCACCGCCUACUUCGCCGCCUUGCUGUCGCUCCUCCAACAGUACAUCACCGCCGACCGCAUCGUCAACAAGGACCUUGCUGCUGCCGUCGUCUACCUGCUCGACCUCAUCACCAGCCAUGUCCCCGCCCCGCUACUUCGCUCCAAGUUUCCGCAGAUCCUCGCCAGUCUCGCGCCCGCCUUGACACAUCCUGAGGCAGAGGCGCCUCUUCUGCGUGCGAGUAUUGGCUGUCUGGAGUCGCUCCUCAUCGCGCAGGAUUCACAAGCAUGGAGCCUCCCGCAGUCUCCAACCAGUCCGCGUGGAGCAGUGGGAGGUCUUCUGGGACUGGCCAUGGACCAGCGUCCCAAGGUGCGGAAGAGGGCCCAGGAAGCACUGAGUAAUGUACUCAGGCAGCCACCACCUUCUCCAUCGCUGGAUCACCCUGCCUCGGGCAUGUGCGCCGAAACCGCUCUGGGCCAUUUGCAGACGGCCGCGGAGGAUGCGACCAGCAAGAAGAGGAAGCAGAGGCAUCAGGAAGAGACAUCGCAUGAUCCAGCUCUGAUGCAUGCGCUGCAGUUGGUGAGGACAGUAGCCUCUGCCCAGAAUGGGUGGCCCAGCAAGAAGAUUGACGCCUUGUGCGAAUUGCUGCUCAACAUCUCGAGAGGCAGCAAUGAAUUCCUCACAAUGGCCGCUUUUGAGAUUUUUGAAAUCAUCUUCGCUGGUCUCGCCAACGAGGUCUCGUCUACCAAACUGCCAAGACUGCUCGAAAUCAUCACGGAACUCCAACCUUCUCAAAAUGACUCGCAGCUGCUCCCUCCAUGGAUCGCCGUGCUCAGCAGAGGCUACGACGUGUCCGCUCAAAUUGAGCCAGAUGAGACGUUCCAAAAGCUGCCCGAACUGUUCGGCAAGAUAUCUGUCUUCCUCGCAUCGUCCUCGCAUAAUGUACGUGUUUCCGCCAGUGAGUGUCUCAUUUCACUGCUGCACACCUGCGUGCCGGAUUCUGUAAUUUUAGAUCCUUCCGUCAUGGACGACAAAGCGAUGGAGAAAGUCGCGCGAACCCUCAAGGAGCUCCUCAACGUUAAAUAUCAGACUGCAUGGAUGGAAGUGUUCAAUGUGCUUGCAGCAGCAUUCGAAGUCUUGCGAUGGCAGGCGUGUCCACUUCUCGACAACAUCAUCAAGGCUGUGGGAGAUUUGCGAGGCGACGAUUCCUUUACCGGCAAGAAGGAAGCCGAUCAAGUCUUGUCGGCCGCCAUCAAAGCUGCUGGGCCCGAAGCAGUACUGAAGAUUCUCCCACUCAAUCUCGACGGCAAGGCUGCUAAAGGACCAGGUCGAGCGUGGCUUUUACCUGUCAUGCGUGACUCUGUUUCCAACACGAACUUGGCACAUUUCCGCGCGGCUCUGGUGCCCCUUAGCGAAAGCAUGUUCCAAAGAGUAUUGGGCCACGGCGACGCAGAGAAGACGAUGGAGAUCAAAAUUUUCGAAACAGUGGUCAGCCAGAUAUGGUCAUGUCUUCCCGGCUACUGCCAGCUACCUCUAGACCUAACAGAAGCAAUUGAUCAGUCAUUUGCAGAAUUGCUGAGCAAUCUGCUCUAUCAACAACCUCAAAUGCGCACAGAGAUUUGCCGCGCCUUGCAAAACCUAGUUGAGACAAACAAAGCCAUUGCAGAGCUGGACGGCGACGAGAACCUUAUUGAGCAAGGUCGUGUCAGUCGAGCUGAUGCCCAGAAGAACUUGCAACAUCUCGCUGGUUUUGCUAGCAAUCUCCUCGCCGUGCUUUUCAACGUGUACAGUCAAACACUGCCGCAAAAUCGGGGUAACCUGCUACAAUGCAUCAACGCCUAUCUCAGCAUUACUCCGGAGCAAGAACUGUUGGAAACCUUCCAGCGCGUGGCAACAAUGUUGGAGACAUCACUGCCAGUCGAAGGACCGCAGACACAAGCCGAUAAACAGAAGUGGGAACGCAAGGAGGCUAAGAGCAAGAUGCCACCAACAUCACACACACUCAUGGACCUCAUCAUAACUAUGGCAACCUAUCUACCACGUGAGAGCUUUGCCGGUCUGUUCAUUAUGGCUGCGAAUGUUGUCAACAAGCAAGACGACCCACAGCUCCAGAAGAAGGCAUACAAGCUGAUCCCACGCCUUUCGGAGUCUGAGAUUGGUCGUCAAGCGCUGGCAGAGCGCAACGCUGAUCUUCAGCAGUUGCUUCUUGGCUCUGCCGACAAAGUCUCCGCACCAGCUCGGCGGGACAGACUGGCAUCGAUAGCUGAGAUGAUUCCCGGUCUCCCGACGACUGACCUGCACUUUAUACCCUCAAUCAUCCCCGAAGUGGUGAUCAGCUGUAAAGAGGUCAAUGAGAAGGCACGAACAGCUGCCUUUGAUCUACUCGUGCUCAUGGCCGAGAAGAUGGCGGAAGGUGGAACCGUGAUCAACGCCAAAGUACCUCAUAUGCCGGCAGAUGCUGCGCCCGUGCCAGCCAGUCUGGAGGAGUACUUUACCAUGGUGUCAGCUGGCCUCGCAGGCUCCACACCACAUAUGAUCUCAGCGUCCAUUACCGCCUUGACCAGACUUCUAUUCGAGUUCCACACUCGCUUGUCGGAGACUACCGUUGCCGAUUUGGUGCAGACCAUGGACCUCUUCCUCACUUCGAAUAAUCGUGAGAUUGUGCGUUCUGUGCUUGGCUUCGUGAAAGUAUGCAUCAUCUCCCUGCCAAGUGCGCUAGUAUUGCCACGCCUGGAGACGUUGAUUCCAAACUUGAUCGUCUGGAGCCACGAGCAUAAACAACAAUUCAAGGCCAAAGUCAAGCACAUCUUCGAGCGCAUGAUUCGCAGAUUCGGCGUGGAGCUUGUGGAGAGGUACACGCCCGAAGCAGAUCGCAAACUGAUAGCGAACAUUCGCAAGACUCGUGAACGUAGAAAGAAGAAGCGAGAAGCAGGAGACGAAGGAAACGAGGAUACAGGAGCUGGUGCGCCUCGGCGUGGCAAGUUUGAAAGCGAAUACGAUGAAGCCGUGUAUGGAUCAGCCUCCGAGUCGGAAUCCGACAUUUCCGACGACGAAGUUCUCGGUCGCGCGGCUGCAAGAGGUCAAAAGGCAAAACAAGGCGGUGGUAAUCAAUACAUUGUAGAAGACGAAGACGAGCCUCUGGACCUGCUGGACCGCAAAGCUCUCGCUCAUGUGUCGUCUACGAAACCUUCCAAGCAGAGAGGUGGCGCAUUGGAGGGCAAUAAAAAGAGCAAGGCGAAAACAGAUCUCGACGGCAAAUUGGUCUUCAACGAUAACGAUGAUUCGGACAUUGAAAUCGAUGAGCCUGGCGAUGGCACGCUCGAAGGUGGAAUCAACGCAUACGUCGAAGCACUGAAGAGCAAGAAUGCGCCGACGAGAGGUCAAAAGGGGAAACUGAAGUUCAAAAAUGUUCGAGAUCACGCUGGAGAUGAUGACGACGAAAUGGACAUUGACGAGGACGACGCUGUGGCAGCGAAGAAGAAACUAGACGCGAGAAUGCCUCGCGGUAACAAACAACAACCUCAACGACGAGGAUUGGGAGGUGAGAGGAACAAAGGCGGAGGAGGAGGCGGCGGAGCUGGCUUCUCAGGUGGUAGCAACAAGGUGCAAAAAUCUCCCGGGCGGGGAGGAUUCAAGCAUGGAUUGCAAAAAGGUCGAGGAAGGGGUGGUGGUGCUCGGAGAUAAGAAGAAGGCCCUCCUCAGUUUUCUUGUGAGAGACGUCGAUAUUGAACGAACGAUAAAAAGGCGUACGGAGGAAAAAUCUACAGCAGACAAUACCUUAUAUUUCC